AUGGAACGUGCAAAGUCAUACAGGUUGUGCACUGAGCCCAUUCUCUGGUGUUUCCAGCGGGCGGUGGGGCGCGGCAGCGGCGCCUCCAGUCCAGUGGUGACCAGUGCCGGCAGCGCUCGCACCCUGCCGCGCUGGGGCGCUCCCGGUCUGCUGCUGGGUCUGCAGUACAGCCGCACCACGGGCCGACUCGCCGCAGAGGUCGUCAAAGGAUCACACUUCAGGUCAAACUCUGGCAGCCGUGCGCCGGACACCUAUGUUCGCUUACUUCUGGUGAGCAGCAGCGGCAGCGAACUGGCCAGUGGGAAAACCUCCGUUCGCAGGGCACAGAUCAACCCGCUCUUCAGAGAGACUCUGAUGUUCCAGCUGCCGCUGUUUCAGUUUUCGGAUGUCUCGCUCAUAGUAAGUGUCUACAACAAGCGGACAAUGCGCAAGCGGGACCUGAUCGGAUGGUUCGGACUGGGCCACAGCAGCACCAGCAGUGAAGAGCGCCGCCACUGGGCGGACGCCCGCGACGCCCAGGGUGUACAAAUCUGUCGGUGGCAUCUGCUCUCCGCGGAAUGAAUCAAAACGAGCCGUGCUAAAUUAUGGUGAUAUUUGUUUUUGUGUGAUUUAAAGGUGACUCAUUACGCUCAAAAAAGUAUGUGUCUAUUGGAUGGUUAAAACGGUGCUGGUGUUUCUUCAGUGUUAUUUACCAAUU